UGACUGAACAUGUGUUUCCUUUCUGUUCAGAGUGCGCCCAUCUCUUCCAUAAGGGCGGUGCCAGACUGAUCCUGUGUGGGACUAGCUGGGAUAAGUUGGAAUCUCUGUAUGACUCUCUGACUAAUGACGCUGACCCAAGAGAGACAUUUGCCCCAAAGCUGGUGAUCCUGGACUUCAGCGAUAUGGACAGCAUGGAGGAUGUGGUGGCUGAGGUGGUGGAGUGUUACGGCUGUGUGGAUGUGUUGAUCUGUAACAGCAGCAUGAAGCUGAAGGCCCCGGUGCAGAGUGUCUCCCUGGAACUGGACAAAAACAUCAUGGACAUUAACUACUUCGGCCCCAGCACUCUGGCCAAAGGUGUUCUUCCAACCAUGAUCUCAAGAAGAUCGGGACACAUCGUGCUGGUCAACAGCAUCCAGGGAAGACUGGCUGUCCCAUUCAGAAGUUCUUAUGCUGCGUCUAAGCAUGCGGCGCAGGCCUUCUUCGACUGCCUGCGGGCUGAGGUGGAGGACUAUGGGGUAGUCGUCAGCACUAUCAGUCAUACCUUCAUCAACGCCUCCGACCCGCCACCUGUCGAGGAGCCCGCCCCUAAACCAAACACUCUGGCUGCAUUUAUCGCCAGACAGCUGACCCAUGGCGUGCGCCCGUCAGUCCUGGCCAAUGAGAUUAUACAAACGGUGAACAGGAAGAGGAAGGAGGUUGUGCUGGCCCACCCCAUCCCCAGGGUGGCCCUCUACCUCCGCUCCCUCUUCCCCUCUUUCCUCUUUGCUGUGUUGGCCGCUGGAGUGAAGGACUCCGUCCUGGCUGAGCAGAUGCAGUAGGAGAAAGGCUGAAACACAGGAUGGAAUCGUUAUUUCACAGAGAUGUGCAAUUAAGCAUGGAUAGUUUGAAAAUGCUAGAUGUGUAAUAGUAUGUGCUUGACACAAGACUGGAUAAUUAACUGGGCAAAGCGGGCAAUCGCCCUGGGGUCCAAGGCACUCGAGGGGCCCCAGGGCUUCAGGGUCAUCAUGUGGCACUUAAAUAAAAUGUAUAAUCAUUAAAAUGUUGAUGAAAUCAAA